ACGGCAGAAGGUUCUCAGACGCGGUGCCCUCCAGUCCUGUCCUAGCACUCAGGAAGAGAAGCUUGUUUAUAGACUUAUGUGUGCCAUUUGGAGCUUCCCUUCAGAGCCUAGCGACGCCAUGGUGCCUGCAAUGACGUGAGGAAGAUGAUAAAGGAAGGAAGUAGGUGCUAGAGAAAGAGGAGAAAGAAAAAGAAGAAGCAGGAGGAAAAGAAGAAAGAGAGUGAAGAAAGAGAUGGAGAGGAACAGGAGGAGAUGAAAGGAGGAAGAUAAACAAGAAGUGACAUCAUAACAGACCAGUGUAUGUUUGGCAGUACACGAGGAAGAUGGAUGCAGCCUCAGAACUCAUCAAGCUUUCCUCGAGCGACUCCAUCUAUGGGACGCUCUCGAACUUUGACAUUGAGAAGAAGAUUGGAAAGGGCCAGUUCAGUGUGGUGUACCGGGCACGAUGCAAGGUGGACCAGGCAGUGGUGGCCCUCAAGAAGGUGCAGAUAUUCGAGAUGAUGGACUCCAAAGCAAGAUUAGACUGUAUGAAGGAGAUAAACUUACUGCAGAAACUGAACCACCCAAACAUCAUCCAAUAUUUGGCAUCAUUCAUUGAGGACAACGAGCUCAACAUUGUCCUGGAGUUGGCUGAUGCAGGCGAUCUCUCACGCAUGAUCCGUCACUUCAAGAAACAGCAGAGACUCAUCCCAGAGAAGACCAUCUGGAAGUACUUUGUGCAGCUGUGCUCAGCCCUAGACCACAUGCACACCAAGAGGAUCAUGCACAGAGACAUUAAGCCAGCCAACGUCUUCAUCACAGCACAAGGUGUGGUGAAGCUGGGUGACCUUGGCCUUGGAAGGUUCUUCAGCUCCAAGACCACAGCCGCUCACUCCCUUGUUGGCACGCCUUACUACAUGAGUCCCGAGAGGAUUCAUGAACAUGGAUAUAACUUCAAGAGCGACAUUUGGUCCCUUGGGUGUUUGCUCUAUGAGAUGGCUGCCUUGCAGAGUCCUUUCUAUGGCGAUAAGAUGAACCUUUAUUCACUGUGUAAGAAGAUAGAGACUUGUGAAUACCCUCCCCUCCCCUCAGACCACUACUCAUCCCAGCUCCGGACACUGGUUGACAGCUGCAUCAACCCCGAGCCAGACCAGCGGCCGGACAUCACACAUGUGUACAGUGUGGCGCGGGAGAUGCACAGCCAGUCACAGUCCCCCAGCUCUUGCAGCUCGGCCCUGUCAGCGGCCACUGUGGAUGAUAGCAGACACAGCCUGGAACAGAUCCGUCUGAGGGACUAGCAGCGUGCCAACUGGCGGAGGUAUACACGAUCUGAGGAGAAGACCACCCCCAAUGCUCAGGCUGCCUGGAAUGAGCCAUCCAACCCAGGGCAGUCCAGAGAGUCCAUCCGGUCUGGCAACCAUGACAUGGGGAUGCCGGGAUCGGGCCAGGCUGCCGCACCCACUAGGGAGAUGUGGGCACGGGACCCAAGGGCAACCAGCCUCUCAGACUCCUAUGAGAAGAGGAGCCACAGCCAGGCACAACAUAGGAGGCACAGCUCCUCCAGCCGGUCAGACAGCAACUCCGGCCAGCAGCGGCCUCCUGUCAGGACCAACAUCCCCAGGAACUCUCAGGACGAUCUCUCACUAGUCAACAUCUCCAAUGGCAGUGAGGUGAGGAUCCCCAUGCAGGACUCCCCUAUAUUAACAUCGCCACAUGGGGCUGGCAUGUACCCACCCAGGAACAGGUACACCGUGCGCCUCCCACCACUCAGCAAGAGGCAAUACUGAUUCACCACUCAUCCUGCAGUGCUGAAUGUUGCUCAUGCUGCCUGUUGGUCACAAGCAUCUAAGCAGGGACAGGCUGUCAACACCACUCAUCUGACACUUAGCAGGGACUCUGGUUGUACAGAAUCCCAGUUUGAUUCUGCCAUGCUCACCUAGUCAGCUUAUGAAGUUCAUGAUGCAGGCAAGUUGUGUACAGUGACAUGGUGACAUGUGUCAGAUGAGAGCACAUCUUUCAGUGAAGCAGGUGUUUGGUGAUACAGUGAGAGGAAAUUAUCGUGUAUACUUCCACCAGUUCAUUAGUGAGCUAGACAUUUAGAUAUUUCUUCAGGAUACUGAUUCCGUCUUCUUUUUUCAGAGAGCUCAUUUUAUGAUAUUUUGGUAUCAUGAAGAGCUGUUCAAAACAUUAUUAUGUGGUAUAAAAUGUUUGUAGUUAUUGCAGGAGAGAACAGCAUCAUAAGGCAUUAAUUACAUGUUAUGUCCUAAAAUAGGAAAAAUAUAGGAAGGAGAAGGAAUGCCCAUCCUUAUGGAUAUGUGUUUUACUUCAGUGUGAGGGAAUGAUUCAGAUAAUCACAAACCAUUAAUUAGACAAGUGUUCUAAGUUUCUCAGAAAAGACUUGGAAGCCUCCUCAGUGAAUGCUGUAGUUAUUCCUGUGUGAAGAAGUGAGAAACCAUGGUCAGCUUAUUUGGCAAUAAAUUUCAUGGAGGCUGAAGAGAAGUGUGAUUCAAAUAAUCAUCACACACACUCAGGAGCAUAACAUUUUAUUCCCUCCAGUAAGCCUUGCAAUACUUAAGAUCCGUCCUCAAGUGUGAUAGAGAGAAGACUUGCCAGCUUAACUCAGUAACAUGAGACAAUUGGAAAGGACUUGCAGAGGAUCAUAUACUGAGUUCAUAGUUUUUCAUUUUUGAUGUAUUGACUGCUGGGUCACUGAUCAUGAAGGGUUAAUCUUUCAGUUAAGCCGCUGCAGGUGUGUUGUGUCUACGUGCCAGACUGUGAUGUAUUUGAUUGUUAAUUAAUUAAUUACAAUUUUAACUUAUGUUCACAUCCUUUGCAAUAUCUGUCUCUUCUUGUCUCACUGUUAGUAAUUAUAUUUUGACAAGGGUAAUAUUGAAAAUUUAAUUAUCAUUUCAUAUGCAUCUUUCAGUGCAGAUAUUUACAUUGUGGGGAUUUGUUUUCACCAAGAACUACUGAAAUGAAAUGAAAAAUGUUGUCAACUAGAGGAAUUAAUCUUCCAAAGAUUUAAAGUGUGUGUGUCUGUGUGUGUGUGUGUAAAGUUACUUAUCAAAAGGUAGCUGAGAGAGUGAUAUGAAUAAGCCCCUUGGCCACAGUCAAGUAGUAGAUUGUUAUCUAACAUGUAAAUAAAUCAACCAAAUGCAAACUUUAUUUUAUACAACAUAGAUGCAUGUAGAUACUCAACACACAGAAGACUAUCCUUACUUGUCUAAAAUACUGCAGCACCUGCUGAGCCUAGGCAGGUGUGCUACAAUGCCAGCAUGUACCACCACCACCACCAGCCAGCCAAAGCCAGUACUGCUAAGUUCAUGCUGGGUUGUAAUGUAGAUAAAUACAAACAUUACUCACUAGGAGAGAUUUAUGUACAGACAUCUUCAAUCUUUGAGUUAGUUUUUGUUACACACUGUACAGGCCAAAGUAUCUUAAGUUGUACUAAGUUAUAGAUCAGCUUUUGCUUUCAUCCAAGGCCACUUUUAUUGUUAGUAAAGAUACCACCUGAACUGUACUUACUUCAUUCCAAUAAAGUUACACUUCACAGUUUUUA